AUGGCGGAGUACAUCCCACCAUGGUCCACACCCUAUGUCAUUGGAAUAGCAGGUCUUUCUGGAUCUGGUAAAACUACGGUUGCACAAGAAAUUAUAUCUUCGAUCAACGAACCGUGGACUGUUUUGUUGUCUCUUGAUAACUUCUAUCAACCGCUAACAAAGGAACAAUCACUUGCUGCAUUCGACAAUAACCACGAUUUUGACCAUCCGAGCUCUGUGGAUUUGGACUUGGUUGUUGAGUGUGUGAGAAGUUUAAAAUCUGGUAAAAGAACAGACAUCCCUGUAUAUUCAUUUGUCAAGCACGAUAGAGAGCCCGAUCAAAAGAUCACCAUUUAUGGUGCCAAUGUCAUCAUUAUUGAAGGCAUUUUUGCAUUAUUUAAACCGGAGCUAUUGGAGCUAAUGGAUUGUAAAAUCUAUGUUGAUACUGAUUUGGACAUUUGUUAUUCAAGGAGAUUAUUAAGGGAUAUCGUUCAUCGUGGAAGAAGUAUAAAAGGAGUCAUUAGUCAGUGGGAUAGGUUUGUUAAACCUAAUGCUAUUAGCUAUGUUAUUCCAACUAGGAAUAAUGCAGAUAUGGUCAUUCCUAGAGGCACGGACAAUAGGAUUGCAAUGGAACUCUUGAUAGCACAUUUGAGAAAACAACUAGAGCUGAAGUCGGAAGCCCAUGUCAAGCAUCUAAAGUCGUUAGGGGCUGGAAAUACCGAUUGGGGUAAAGUUCACGUAUUGAAUGAAACAAACCAGCUUAAAUGUUUGAAGACAAUGAUUAUUGAUACUAAUACCACCUAUGAUGAUUUUAUCUUUAGUUUUGAUCGUGUGGCCUCGAUGUUGAUUCUCGAAGCUUUGAACUAUGUCGAAUAUCAAUAUGAUAAAACUAUUACGACCCCAGUUGGAACUGUGUUAGAAAACUGUACAUAUGCUAAGCAAGAAACUAAUGCUGUUUCCAUUAUCCGUUCGGGUGACUGUUUCACCUCUGCAUUGAGAAAAACUACUCCAGCUGCAAAAAUUGGUAAACUGUUAAUCCAAACCGACUCAAGAACCGGUGAACCUAAACUACACACUGAAAAAUUGCAAUCAUUCGAUACUAAUGAGAACGUCUUACUUUUCGAUGCACAAAGUAUUAGUGGUGGUGCAGCUAUUAUGGCGAUUAAAGUUUUACUUGAUCACAAUGUCUCACAGGACAAAAUUAUUCUUGUCAAUUUCACAGCAUCGGAAACUGCACUCACUCGUAUACUACAUGCAUUCCCUCAUAUCAAGGUAGUUACUGCUAUAAUAGGUCAUAAGGGUAAUUCCACUCAUAAUCUUCCUGGUGAUUCUGAUGACGAGUGGUGGAUGUCCACCAGGUUUAUCGAUAAUAAAUACUACGGAACUUCAUGA